AUGAAAGUUCAGGAUUACUCUAUUGUUGAUCAGUUGAGAAAAACUCCUGCUCAGAUUUCAUUGCUAUCUUUGCUCAUAUAUUCUAAAGAGCACCGUCAAGCAUUGAUUAGAAUUCUGAACGAGGCACAUGUUUCGGACAAAACAACUGUAAGUCAAUUGGAAAAGAUGGCCAAUAGAAUAUUUGAGGUGAAUAGAAUCACUUUCACCAAUGAUGAGUUUCCUGUGGAAGGAGCCGAACAUAACAAGGCUUUGCAUUUAACUGUCAAAUGUGAAGAACAUUAUGUGAAAAGAGUCAUGAUUGGUGGAGGCUCGGGUGUGGACAUCUGCCCCCUCUGUACUUUGCAAAGUUUGAAAAUCAGCACAGAUAGAAUUCGUACUAACAAUGUGUGUGUUCGAGCUUUCGAUAGAGCAAAAAGAGACACCAUUGGUGAGAUUGAUCUUACUUUAAAAAUCAGACUUGUUGAUUUUGAGAUCACAUUCCAAGUUAUAGACAUGGACACUUCCUACAACUUGCUUUUAGGAAGGCCAUGGAUCCAUGCAGCCAGAGUGGUGCCAUCUACUUUACACCAAGUGGUCAAGUUUGAGUAUGAGAAACAAGAAAUUAUUGUUCACGGUAAAGAUGAUCUUUCAAUAUAUAGAGACCCUUCUGUCCCAUGCAUCGAGGCUAAGGAAGGUUGCGAAUCCCUCAUAUUUCAGACCUUUGAAAUAGUGACAGCUGAUCAGUUUAUGGAAGGGAAGCCUAUCCUAGAGCCUCGUCUACCCUCUACUUCAGUCAUGGUGGCUACACAAAUGCUGCAAAACGGUUAUGAGCCAGGAAAGGGCUUGGGGGUGACAUUGCAAGGAGUUGUUGACCCUAUCUCUCCAUUUGGUAAUCAAGAUACUUUUGGUUUGGGUUUUAGGCCAACUAAUGCUGAUAGGAAAUGGGCAAAAGAGCAGAAAAAUAAGGUUUGGAAAUUGCCAAAGCCCGUUCCCCACAUUACCAAGUCUUUUACUAGGUCACGUCUUGAAGAGAAUAAGGACAUGUCUGUCCAAGAUGACAUGGACGAAAUAUGUCAAAGUCUCAAAGAAAUGUUUUAUGGGGUAAACAUGGUUCAGAUUGGUGAAGGCCCUAGUCAUGCGGAUGUGCAACGUAUUGGCCCAGAAGUCAAGUUCGCCAACUGGGAAGCUACUCCUCUCCCCACAAGGAAGGAGUCUUGUUUCAUUAACGCCGGCUUUAAUAACAUGACAUGCAUGCGGAAUUCACGUCCAGAUCUUAAAGAGCUGUCUAAUCUCGAAACAAUGAAUCAAGAGGUUGAUGAAUAUGAUGAAGAAACGGCUUUUGAAGAAAUAAAAAGGGAACUAGAUCAAUUUGAGAAUAAGCCUAAGCCUAAUCUAAAUGAAACCGAGGCAAUUAAUUUGGGAACUUCUGAAGAAACUAGAGAAACAAAGAUAAGCAUUCAUGCCGAACAAAAGACCAGAGAUGACAUAAUCCAGGUUUUGUUUGAAUAUAAAGAUGUGUUUGCUUGGUCUUAUGAUGACAUGCCAGGUUUGAGCGUUGAUCUGGUAGUGCACAAACUUCCUACAUACCCUGAUUUCCCACCAGUCCAACAAAAGCAAAGAAAAUUUAAGAAAGAGGUGAGUGAUAAGAUUAAAGAGGAAAUCAUGAAGCAAUUGAGUGCAAAUAUGAUCAGGGUUGUCCGAUUUACUACAUGGAUAGCAAAUGUUGUGCCCGUACCAAAGAAGGAUGGGAAAAUCAGAGUUUGUGUUGACUAUAGAGAUUUGAACAAAGCUAGUCCAAAGGACAACUUUCCCUUGCCUAACAUCCACAUUCUUGUUGACAAUUGUGCCAAACACGAGAUUCAAUCUUUUGUGGAUUGUUAUGCUGGGUAUCACCAAAUUUUGAUGGAUGAAGAGGAUGCAGAAAAGACCGCCUUCACCACCCCAUGGGGUACUUACUGUUACAGAGUCAUGCCAUUUGGUUUGAAGAAUGCAGGGGCAACUUACAUGAGAGCUAUGACUACUAUAUUGCAUAACAUGAUGCAUAGAGAAAUCGAAGUGUACGUCGAUGAUGUGAUCAUUAAGUCCAAGACUCAAGCUGACCAUGUGCGUGAUCUGAGAAAUUUCUUUGAAAGAUUGCGGAAGUACAACCUCAAGCUCAAUCCAGCCAAGUGUGCAUUUGGAGUUCCAUCUGGGAAACUUCUAGGGUUUAUAGUUAGUCAGCGAGGAAUUGAAUUAGACCCCUCCAAGCUCACUACUACAUGUGAGCCCAUAUUCAAGCUGUUGAAGAAGGAUGGCGCUAUCAAGUGGACAGACGAGUGUCAAGAGGCUUUUGAUAAGAUUAAGGAAUAUUUAUCGAACCCUCCAGUGCUUGUCCCGCCAGAACCGGGUAGGCCUUUGUUUUUGUAUCUGUCAGUGAUGGAUAAUUCAUUUGGGUGCGUUUUAGGACAACAUGAUGCCACAGGCAAGAAGGAACAAACGAUCUAUUAUUUGAGCAAGAAGUUCACAAGCUAUGAGGUAAAAUACACAUUUUUAGAAAGAACGUGUUGUGCUUUGACUUGGAUCGCCUAG